AUGGCAUCGCUAAUAAGCGGCGCCCCUGACGCCCUUGGAACCUUCAAAUUCGCAUCCUGGGCUGCCGGCGCUGUCCCAAUCGCCUUCGUCCUCCAUGUGUUCCUUUUCAGAACCAGUGGAAACAGUGCCGGGAAUUUGGCGUUUCUCUGGCUAGGUGUGGUGUCUGAAACUGUUCCCGAGCCCUAUCUGGAUGAAGUAUUCCAUAUUCCUCAGGCGCAGAGGUAUUGCGAGGGCAGAUUCUUGGAGUGGGAUGACAAGAUUACUACGCCCCCGGGAUUCGGUCUGAUUGCUUCUUAUGCUUGUGAUGCCAAGACUCUUCGGGCAACCAACGCAGUCGGCAUCAUCGUGCUGAGCUACACAGCCCUGCUCUGUCGAAAAGCAAUCGAAGCACGUCUUCACCAAGCGCAUUCAUCCACCAGCAUCAGCUCCACAUCUCAAUAUGCGGCUCACACAGCUCUCAACAUUGCUCUUUUCCCUCUUCUCUUUUUCUUUUCGGGGCUUUAUUACACAGACGUUGUAUCUACGGCUGUUGUCCUCGUAUCCUUCUUGAACCAUCUCCAUCGCAUUGGUCGUGAUCAGAGUUCCUUCUUGAGCGAUGUCACAACUAUAGUCCUAGGGCUAUGCAGCCUCACCAUGAGACAGACGAACGUGUUUUGGGUUGUUGUCUUCAUGGGGGGUUUAGAGGCUGUCCAUGCUGUCAAGAGUUUGCGACCAAAGGUGGUUGUCCAGCCAUACAUGACGUCGCUGUCGGAGCAGUUGUUGUUUUUCUUCAAGAGAUGUCUCAUAGUCGCAGCACUCUGCAACCCCUUACGGCUCAUCAGGCAGAUAUGGCCCUAUGUCACCGUCCUCGCCGCCUUUGCAGGAUUCGUAGCAUGGAACGGCGGCGUGGUCCUUGGCGACAAGUCCAACCACGUUGCUACCAUACAUGCCCCCCAAAUGCUCUACAUCUGGGCUUUUUUCGGCUUCUUCUCACUCCCGCUAUUCGUCCCGUAUGCAUUCCUCGCAAUCGAUGCUAUACGGAGCGUCUUCAUUUCACGUAAAGACAAGGCCGUACCCAGAAAGAGCAAAACAGCAUCCCAGCCGGCGCUGUCACUCCCACUGAAACUCUUCACCUUCAUCUUCAACAAUCGACUUCUCUGGCCACUCUACUUGGCCGCUACGUUUGUCUUGUCUGGCCUCGUUGUUCGCUUCAACACCAUCAUCCACCCGUUUACUCUCGCCGACAAUCGCCACUACAUGUUCUACGUCUUCCGAUACACCAUUCGCCGUGCGCCUUGGAUUCGCUAUUUCCUCAUCCUACCGUAUACGCUCAGUCGCUGGCUCGUCUGGGGCACCCUGUCCGGCUGUACGAAUUGGAUCUCGGGAGCUCACAAGGACGCCUGUUCGGCAUAUUACUACUCAUCUCGCCCGUCGCCAUUUACCUGCGACCCCUUUGUCGUAGCAGAUGUUGGCGCACCUACUUCCAAAAAUCCUCAAGAAGAGACAAAGAAAAACACCGAGCAGGAUCCUCUCUUAUUCUCAACAGAGCCCGCCCCAACAUCCACCGGGCUCAUUUUCCUGCUCGCCACCAGCCUUUCGCUCAUUACGGCGCCAUUGGUCGAACCUCGCUACUUCAUCAUUCCGUGGGUCAUAUGGAGACUUUUGGUGCCUGCCUGGAGACUGCACGACCAUCAGGAAGAAGAGAAUAGUCUGUUUGACGGCGCCAGUUCAACAUCCCCCUGGGGGAAACUCAUCAAAUUUUGUCGUGGUUACGACGUCCGGCUGAUUCUGGAAACAAUCUGGUUCAUUUUGAUUAAUGCCAUCACGGGAUACAUAUUCUUAUCCAAGCCAUAUGUUUGGAAGGCCGAAGAUGGAAGUAUUCUUGACGGAGGCAGAUUACAGCGCUUUAUGUGGUAGACCAAAAAGUUAUAGACAAAGAAUUGUAUUUGCUCAGAGGCUGUAA